ACUGCGUUCACUACUCUCGAUGUCAUGACGAGAAUCGUAGAGCUAGAGAAGUGCUCGUGACGGCGACUGCGAUUUACUCGCUUUCUUCCAGCGCUGGUAACAGCGCUAGCGGGCCCUUGCUAAGUAAGCGGUCAUUGCAGUAAAAUCUGACAAAUUCACUAGCCGCUGUAGAAAGUGCUGCGAUAGUUGCAACGUACACCGUCCAGUCACUGAGAAUUCCAUAUCAGUGUCAAGUGUGGAGCCAGGUAGAGCGUAGGGCUGCAGGCUGGGCCGGGAUGGAAGGUCAUCCUAGCGAUACUCCUGAGAGUGAUGUCACGAAGAAGCUGAUGAAGCCCUUGUCUCUGGCGUUAGUGGAGAUUUGCCACGUUCGUCCUCUCGACCCGCUAGAGUACCUAUCAGGAUGGCUGCGCAAUUACAAAUCACUUCAAGACAAGGCCAAAGAGAAUGAGAAACCCAAGCGCAAUCCUUCAAAACGAGCGCCAGCUGUAGUCAGUGAUCACAGUGAACCGGCAUUGCCACAACCAGGAGAUAGUGCAGAUGAAAGAGUGAAGGCAACAGAGACAACUGAGUCAGAGCAACCGGGGCAUGGUGGACCUUACGUGACCUUUGCAGAGGACAAUGACGACGGGAUUGUACGGCGCUCUAGCCCAGAAUUAAAGGAAGCAGAACGCGGAGAACCUUAUCUAGAGGCCGGUGUUGAUAAGACAGAGGACUCUCCAAAAGAGCAGAGUGUUGAUGAAUCCCAGGAUGACAACACUGUGGACACUGCUGCCCCGGAACCUUCAAGUCCUGCAGCUCUGCCUGAAGAUGUUAAUCAAGGAGAUCCAGAUAGGUUACUGGUGAAUGUCAACACCGGAGGUGACAAUGAUGAACCCGGAGGUGACAAUGAUGAACCCGAAGGUGACAAUGAUGAACCCGAAGGUGAGAAUGCCACCGAUGGCCAAAGUACUGUCGAAGCUGAACAGAAGGCUGUUGAAGGUGAUGGCAGUGCCGAUCUCGAGCCAUCUCCAGCAGAAGAAGGUGCUGUGGAUGUGGACACAGCCAAUCAACAACCCGAUGGGGAUGAGAAUGAACCGAUGCCUGAUGGGGACGGCGAGGGACCGCGGGAUGGUGCCGAAGAUGGCGGGGAUGCUCACAAGGGAGAUGGGGAGGUUCCGGAGACCGCUGAUGGGGAGGCUCCCGAGGCCGAUGAUGGGGAGGCUCCAGAAGAUGCGUAGCACAGGGUGGUUAAGGAUGGAUUCAUCCUGAAUCCUGACUCCACUACCAUGCUAUUAGACCUGCUGGAGAUGUGCCUAACCCUCAUGACAACCAAGUGCACAAGCUAACUUUUUGUUAAAUGUCACUUACACAGUUUGGGUCACGGUUGUUGACUGCAGAGCCGCAGUACUAGUAACCUUACCUAGCUGCCAGUGGCUGAGUGUGUUAGCAGCAGUACAGCAGUACAGCAGUACGGUGUACAGACGUUAUGUUAGAUCUACAUAAUAAUUAUCGUGCUUAAGUUAGUCCGAUUGUGUUUGAUGUAUUUCACUAGGACCUUACAAAUAUUAGCCUGUUGAGACCACCAAUGUAGAUCGAGUAAAACAAAUUGCACCCUGGAAGCCAUGUUGGUUGAGAACACAGUACAUGGCAAGCUCAGCAGGGAGCAUUGUGCCCACACUCCCCACAGCUGGUGCCAAAAUCUGGUAGUAUCUGGUGCAAGCAAACCAACUUAUCCUUGGCAUGUCAGGAAAUUAACCUGGUGCAAUCCCGUAUGAAUACACAGAGAUGCCUGGAGUAUUAUUGUCACUGAA